AAUGGGUGGUGGUGGCUAAACCCCAAAACCCUUGUUCCUCUUUGAUUCCUCCUUCCUUCCCACUCAGCAAUCAGAAUCUCCUUACUGCAGAAGCAUGGCAGCAACAAAGAAAGCAUGGAGGAUCAUUCCAAGACCCCUCCUCGAAACCAUUCUCAACAACCACGCUCAACACCACCGUGUCCCUCAACCCCUCCUCCUCCACGGUCCCAGAGGCGUCGGAAAAACCACCCUCAUUCUCCAACGUUUACUCGCCGACUGGAACAAAGGCCCUCACCUCACCGGCUACGUCGACUUCGCCGAAUCCAUCAAACACCGCCACACUCCAUGGGCCUCCUGGUCCAACUGCCCGCCGCCCGCUCUCUCCGACUGCCGGAGAAGCCUCGAAAACUGCCUCGAAUCCAUGGCCGAGAACGGCAUCCGUGCCGGCACCAUCACGUCGCGGCAGAUUUUUGCUUCAUUAAACAAGUGGCACGGCCUCACGACCGCGCUCCGCCGCGUGCUGCAAACACCAGCCUCUGAUAGGGCUUCUCCGGCCACGCUGUGGGACCGCGCGGUGUUCGCGAUGUCUGCUAAGGGCAAUGCCGCUGAGAUCGAAGGGGUUUUGAAGUUUGGGGAGAAGGAGAUGCGUGCUCUGUCUGUUGAGGAGGCUUCGUAUCUCAAGGAGUCUGUUGCCGCGCUGAAGCUCGCGAAGAAGGUGAUUGAGGUUCAGCAGGGGUGGAGGGCCAAUGCCAUUGCUCAUAUGAAUCGGACCGGCACGUUCUCUAGGACUUUGACUCUUUCGUGCACGGAUUGGCCUUGUUUGUUGUUGGAAUUGUUAUCACAAGCUGCUGAAAUUGAUCAUUUUCAGCCGAAGCUGGUUAUAAACAAUAUUGAAGUUCUGAAGCAUGCCACUAUAAAUGAUGAGUUUUCAGUCAGUGGAUCUCUAUAUCAUGAUAGCUUGAUAUGGAGAAUAAUUGCUUUGGGCGCCAACGAGCGGUGUCUUCCUGUUAUCCUGCUGACAUCUGACAGUUACUAUUCAUAUGAAGCUUUCUUGGAUUUUGGAUAUAUGGAGAUUUUCAUCUCACGCGAGACCUUUGGAUGGACUCCGCAAGAAGCUAAAAUGCACAUGGUCACUGACUAUUUUAGUCAUUCAGAAUGGAAAGUGAUUGCUGAGGUACUUGGGCCAAACCCUCGACAUCUAUCUGAACUUUAUGCACUUAAACAAAGCAAGACAAAGGAAGACAAAGCUAGUACCUUUGAGGACAUUAUAGAUGCGUAUCUAGCAUAUUUGCAAAUUUCUGUCGUGAAUCCUGCUUUGGAUAGAGCAUUGGAGAUCUUGCAAAAUUUUGCAAUUGAUGUACGCAAUGGAAAAAUUUCAGAAGACAAAUUACGUUUUGGUGCACCUUGGAGGCAUCCUCCAAACAUGGAUGACCCUAAAUUGCGCAUGGAGUGGGCAAGGCUUCAGUUAAUUGAUUUUGUUCAAUCUCUGGUCAAUGCAGAAUUUGGGGUCAACUACCGAAUCGAUUAUAGUGAAGAAAUAUUUGAUGAUCCAGCUGCAGUUGCAUUAUUACAGGUGGGGUUGCUCUAUGCUCAACGGGAUCCACCCUUCAUUCGGCCCAUAUCUAGAGGAUAUGAGAAGUGUCUAGUAAGAUGGCUUGUCCAGCAGCGGAUGCAACUCAGGUUCCUCGACUUGAUUUCUUUUCUAUGGCACAGAACAAUACGGGGACGUUAUUAUCGCCAUUUGAUGGUGCAAGUAGGCUAUAAGUAGAGAGCAUCAUAACAGUUAGCCAACAUGAUUUGGAAUGGGUUUAGUUCAUUAUCUUGAUUAAUGAUUACACUGGCGGAUCAUUCAUUGAGCUUAAUAGAGGUUUCAGAAACUGUUGAGUUUGGUAUAGAGGGGAGGCAGAAAGUGAGGAAUAUAAAGCGUGCCUGUUGGGUGGAUUUUAGUAGCAGCUAUACUUGUUUGGAUGUAUUUAAAAUUGGACAAUCAUAUUUUCUAUGAUCUUUGUUGGCAGAGUUGCCCUUUUUCAAACAUUUGUCCUAUUUUCUUUAUUUUUCUUAUUUUAUUUGUGUGUAGGAGAAUGAUUUGAGUAAAGAUAUUCAGGUUUUACUUUGGACAAUGACAAAGUUAGGCAAGUCCUCUCCUAAGCUUCAUUGAAAGACGUAUUAUGUUUCUAAGUGCAUUGUGCCAAAGUUUCAGUAAAUGAUGGCUCAAAAUUCUGAUUUCAACAGUCAAGAAUUUUCGGGCACAUUGAAUUAAUUUUUUGUGAGAUGAGGUAUCGCGACUAGCCAACUAUACUACUAUUGAAGUAGCAAAACUCAAGGACACACCAAUUUGCACUGCCGGAGUUCUCUGCUUGUUUCUAAUCUGGAGUUCCAGGUAUUGAACAGAACAGACAUUUGUUCAAGAUAAAGAAAAUUUCACAUGAGUGAUUAACUUCAUGGGCUGCCAUAAUGGUUUAGCAAUUUAUUUUUUCUAUAUAGUGAAAAUAUAUCUAUGUGGAUACUGACAGUCAUAUAGAUUGGUUUUUAAGUUGUAUAGCAAGCUGGCCAGUUUCAAGGGGUUGUUUGGGAAGGAGGUUUUGGACAGAGGGAGUAUUCAUUUAUUUUUAUUUUUAAAUGAAAACAAUUAUAUGAUAUUUAUGAUAAUAUAUUUUAUCAGUAUA